AUGCUGGAGAUGGUUGAUUAUAUGUUCUACUUGAGAACUAUUUCAAGUGUUGUGAUAGGAGUAUUUGUGUAUGUAAUCUCAACCAUUAUUAUUCCACCAUUCGAAUUUCCUACCAAUAUCCCAACCAUUCCUUUCUAUGUCUCAUUUUUAGGAACAUAUACCAAUAUGGAUCAAGAAGAAAUAUACAACAAAUAUCUCAGAGCUAAGUUAGAAAAGUACGGUGCUGUUAAAAUAUACUUUGCUUCUAGAUGGAAUAUCCUAGUAACCAAACCUGAAUAUUUACAAGAAGUUUUCAAAUAUGAAGAUAUUUAUGCAAAAAGCGGUAAUCAAGAAAAGAUUCCAUAUUCAGUUUUAGCAAAUUAUACUGGGAAUAACAUCAUAAGUGCUCAUGGUAAACAAUGGAAAUUGUAUAGAAAUGUCGUUCAACAAUCCAUUCAAUUUCCAAAUAUAGAACCAGUCCAUAAAAAUUCACAAUUAUUGGUUAAACUAAUCCAAGACCAGAUUACAAAUAAGGGUGAUACUUUUUCAGUUAUGGAUAUUCUUCAAAAAUAUGCUCUUGCAAACGUUGGUGAAUCAGUUAUCGGCAUGAAUUUUAAAAGCUUGGAAGAAGAUGAUAAUGAAUUACAUAACAAAAUAAAAUAUGUGAAACUGCAGAUAUUCAAACCGUUAUACCUUAAUUUUCCAUUCUUGGAUAUGUUACCUAUUCCUAGUAGACAAAAGGCUAUGGAAGAAGUUAGAAAAUUUAGAGAUUAUUUUGCUCAAUUGGUUCUUGGCUCAAGACAAUCAGGUGAAACUUCUAACUUAGCUGGUAAUAAAUUAAUAGAAGCUUAUCAAAACAAUAGUAUUAACUUUAAACUGUUCACUGAUAACAUUAUAAUUUUAAUGGUUGCUGGGCAUGAAAAUCCUUUAUUACUAAUGCUCUCUUUACUUUACGUAAUUGCAAAGAAUCGUCAUGUUCAAGAUCAGAUAAGAAAAGAAAUUCUUGAAGGGGUUGAUAAUUUACCCUAUACUCAAUCUGUGAUUUAUGAAACUUUAAGAAUGUAUCCACCCUUGGGACAAAUUAUUAAUAGAAGAACUACAAGACCAGUAAUGCUUGGAAAUAAAAUAAAAAUUCCUCAAAACGUAUAUGUUGGUUAUAAUAAUUUUGGAACUGGUAGAGACGCCAACAUUUGGAACAAUGCAGAUCAAUUUCAACCCGAAAGGUGGGGCCAUACACUAGAAGAAAUAAACUCAAACUAUUCCAUUGCCAAGAGAAAUGCUCAACUACCUGCCUUUCAUGGAGGAAAGAGAGCAUGUUUAGGUGAGAAGUUUGCAUUAUUAGAAACAAGAGCUGUUGUUGUUGAAAUAUUAACUAAUUAUGAUAUUAGUUUAGCCGAAAAUUGGAAAGACAAGUUAACACCAGCUGGUCCAGUGUGUCCUUUGAUGCUCAAAAUUAAGUUUGAAACACAUGAUAAAAAGUCAAUACAUUAA